UUAGACCUGUCUCUCCUCUACUUUCCGCACCAAUUGACUCGACUUUCCAUACCUUGUCCAUUAUGGGUUUUAUUAACCUCGUUUCGUUUGUCACCAUUGCUCUCGUGGUUGGUGCAGUUGUUAUUCGUAUGCUCUCUGACACGCUGAUACCUCCUCCGUAUCUCAAGCUCUACCUAAAUAUCGUUAUUCCUACGAAGAUCAACCACCAAGGGAAAAUUACUGAGCCCAAGAAGUACAUUGAUAUCAUCUACAUUAAUACCCAGCAUACAGUUGGUAACAUGAAGGAGGACAUCCGACAACAGCUUUUGUCGGAGAUCGGUGCCAUGCCUCUACGGAUAAAGCUUAAUGGGUAUGACCUACUGGACAGCUCUCGCAUCAAAUAUUUAAUGAAAGACGAAGAUAAACUUACAGUUUACGUGAACCAGACAUAUAGCUGAGUUUGUUUCAAUACCAUACUUUUAUUCGACCAUACAGUUCAACAAGCUUAAAAAGCGUUGGUUGCUCUGAA